AUGGCGUCUUCACAGGACGCUUGGUAUCUGUCGUUGUUAGGACUAGCAGAAAACUUUCGGACUUCGAGUCCGCCGAAUAUUAAGUCGUGCAUACAAUGUUUGCAAGCGGUUUUCAAUUUUAAACCGCCUCCGAGAGUGGAAGCUCGUACUCAUCUUCAACUUGGUAACAUCCUCCUUACGCAUACCAAAAACAUCGAUUUGGCGCGGUCUCAUUUAGAACAAGCGUGGCGAUUGAGUCAAAAUAUAAACACUUUUGAUGAUGUUAAGUUUGAAGCAGCAAGUGUGGUUGCAGAAUUGUAUGAACAACAACAACAACCAAAUCUUAGUAAACCAAUACUACGGAAGGCUAUAGAACUUUCACAGCACAAUGUAUAUUGGCAUUGCAGACUUAUUUUCCAACUUGCACAAAUACAUGCAUCAGAAAAAGAUUUUGUUGCAGCUAGUAGUUUGCUUGCAGUAGGUGUUGAUUACUCUCAUAUCAGCAAUGCAAGUUAUACAAGAGUUCUGUUCUUAUUGAGCCGAUGUAUGCUUUUAUUAAUAGAUAAAAAGUUUACUGAAGUUCACCCUCUUUUAAAUUCAGCUGGGCAUCAUGUUGAAAAUUGGCAGGGUAGUCCACACCAAAAAGAAUAUUUAAAAGUAUAUUUUUUGGUACUUCAAGUCUGUCAUUAUUUAAUGGCAGGACAGGUUAAAAGUGUGAAGCCUUGUUUAAAACAGUUACAACAGAGUAUACAAACUAUCAUGUCUCCUAGUUGGCCAGCAGAUGAAGUAGUCACAGGUUCAAAUAUUGGGGAUAUGUUUAUAUGGAUGCCAAAGGACCACUUGUAUGUUUUGGUUUAUUUAGUAACAGUUAUGCAUUCAAUGCAAGCAGGUUAUAUGGACAAAGCUCAAAAGUAUACAGAUAAAGCAUUGACUCAAAUUGAAAAACUCAAAAUUGUUGACAACAAGCCCAUACUUUCAGUUUUUCAACUGAUGCUAUUAGAGCAUAUAGUAAUGUGUCGACUUGUAAUGGGAAAUAAAAGUGUAGCACUAGCAGAAAUUUCACAAGCCUGCCAACUUUGUAGGAGGCAACCAAGGUUACUUCAAGGUCAUAGACCACAACUGCAUGCUUUAUUGGGACUAUAUGCAAUGUCGAUGAACUGCAUGGAAGCCGCAGAAGCACAAUUUACUGCUGCUUUAAGGACAUCGCAAGAAAGGGAACUCUGGACUUUCGCGAACUUAAAUUUGGCAAUAGUAUAUCUUAGGACGAAAAGGGAAGCCGAAUUAGGUGCUUUGUUAGAACGAAUAAAUCCCGAAUCCCUACCAUCUCAUUCACACUCUUUGAGGGCGGCAGCGUAUUAUGUUCAGGGACUUCAAGCGUUCUUUGGAGCGAGAUACAACGAAGCAAAGAGAUACCUUCGGGAAACAUUAAAAAUGGCCAAUUCCGAAGAUUUAAACAGACUUACUUCGUGUAGUCUUGUACUUCUGGGACACAUAUUUCUUUCUUUAGGAAAUAGUAGAGAAUCUAUGAACAUGGUCACACCCGCGAUGCAGUUAGCUUCUAAGAUACCUGACGUUCAUGUACAAUUAUGGGCUACUGCUAUACUUAAAGAUUUGUACAGAAUCUGCGGAGAUCCGAAUCGUGAAAGUGAAGCGUAUCAAAUGCAUUGCACAUUUUCGCAAACGCUCUUGAAAGAUCACUUUCAGAGCACACAAAUGGGCGAACAUUCUCUAAUACAAUGGACUGAUGGGCCUGUACCUGCCUUGCCGAGCAAUCCACCACCUUCUACGUCACAAGCCAUUCUUUAAUAAUAUCAAAAUUUCUAUAGUUCAUAUAUUUGAAACGUGUAAAAUAUUUGGCGGAGCACAGAAAUGUGUUAGGUUUGUACAAUUUUGUUAUCGCAUCAUAUAUUGAAUAAUAAAAUCAGAGGUAACUAUAGAAGCAGAACGAGCUCUGCUAAACGAGUGAAAGAAAUUACGGCUGUAUCGCAGAGGAAAAAAAAUCAAUUGCGAGUUAAGUUCAAAGAGC